CUCGGACCCCCUAUUUAAGCUGCUAUACUCCCUCGUAUCCUCCUCACCACCAUCACUCGCUCCACCCAGCAAAUCUUGCUAUUCCAUCCAUCGAUCCUGCAGCUUGCAACUAGGGGUUGCUAGCUCAACAUGGCCCGUGCUUCAGCUGCUCAGUUGGUGGUGGUGGCCAUGGUGGCAACGAUGCUCCUCGCCGCUCCUUACACCGCCGACGCCCUCACCUGUGGUCAGGUGAACUCUGCCUUGAGCCCCUGCCUGGCCUACGCUCGUGGCACCGCCAACUCCCCGUCCGGGGGCUGCUGCAACGGCGUCAAGUCGCUCGCCCGCGCCGCACAGAGCACCACCGACAAGCGCACCGCAUGCAACUGCCUCAAGACCGUGGCCAGGAGCAGCGGGGUCAAAGCCGGCAACGCAGCAAGCAUCCCCUCCAAGUGCGGCGUCAGCAUCCCCUACACCAUCAGCACCUCCUUCAACUGCAACAGCAUCCGCUGAUGAGUCGCUUGCGCCACACUUGCGCCGUCA